AUGACUGGGGCAUCAGAAACCCAUCCGUUCCUCAGGAACAUGGUCUUGACAGGCUUUUCCCCGGACCGAUGCGCUGAAUAUCAGAAUAUUAUGUGUCAAUCAGAAACAAGGGCCCCGUUCCCUGAUCCACCUGCGUCUUCGGAUACGGACAAGGCUGCUUUCGGUGCAGAUAAACUCACAAUUGUCGCAUGUGCCCUUGGCAUGGAUGACAAAUUCGUGCACGGAAGUGCGCUUGUUUUCGAAUCGAGUCGAGGCGACGUUUUCGGUUUCAUUUCCAAUGGCUCCAUAUUGCUGAAGGUCGUGCUCGUUAGUCUCUUAACUGGGCUAAAUUGA